AUUUCUUGGACAAAACUGUCAAGCUGUGGAAUAAAUUUCAAAACGAGUGUAAAUAAUUGAUUUUAAUUUUAUUUAUUCUUAAAUAUAUUUAAUAGUAAUGAGUAAAAGACAUUUAGAAGAAUAUUCAAAACACGGGUCCCCAUACUCCAGUCACAAAUCAUAUGACGAUGAUCCAAAACGAUCCAGAUAUUACGAACAUUCCAGUCACAGUCAUCAUCAUGCCCGUAAAUAUGACGAUACAUCGAAACGAUCCGAACGCUAUGAUUACGAAUCAUCAAAAUCAUCACGAAAAUCAACGUCAUCGAGUAGUGAUAACGAUGAUGACGAACGGAAAGAUACAAAAUCUGAAGAGUACAAAUCAUCAAAUUUAAAAAUAGAUCCUAAAAAGAAAUUUAAAUCAGGAAUACAAAUUAAGUUGGGACCAGCGAAGUCUAGUACCGAGACCAAACCAAAAAUACAAGUUGCAUCAGUAUUUAAUCAAGAGAGUGAUGAGGAACCUGAAGAAAUGCCUAAAGAAGCACGUAUGAAGAUGCGUAAUAUUGGACGUGAUACACCAACAUCAGCGGGUCCAAAUUCAUUUGGUAAGACAAAACAAGGAUUUUGUCAUGCAAAGCGUGUAUUUGAGAAGAGUGUUGAAAAAGCCUUAGAAAAUUUAAAAGAUUAGAGUAAUAAAUAUUUAAAAUAAAUAUAAGAGCUUUUCUAUUUUAUAAGGAAAAACAAUUUGUACAUAUUAUAAUAAUUCAUUUUUCAGUUUAAUUCAAUUUUAUUGUACCAAUAAUUAAUUAUAAUAACUGACAUAAUUUAUACAGAAUAUCCACAAUAACGGCAUUAGAAGAACAAAGUGAUAUAGAAUUCUAAGAAAGGAAAUUCCUUUGUAGUUUUUAGAUUCGAUGAACCAUUAACGAGAUUAGGAUUCGUUAAUAAUCGUUUUUAUUUUAAAGAAUUUCUCAAUUAAUUUCAAUUUCAUUAAUCGAGAUGAAUGAAGCCCUAUCAUAACGACGGAAUAUUCUUCUUAGAAUUUUAUUCUCCCCUUCUGUUCUUCCGGUGCGGUAGUUUUGGGACACUCCACAUUUACUUAACUUCCAUAAUUAAUAAUAGUAUUUUUUUUGUA